AUGUCUGCCAAAAACGUCUUGGUCAAGUUGAUUGUGGGUGCUGGCCAGGCUGCUCCAGCUCCUCCUGUGGGUCCAGCUUUGGGUUCGAAAGGUGUCAAGGCCAUCGACUUUUGUAAAGAGUUCAACGCCAGAUCUGCUCAUUACGCUCCAGGUACUCCCAUUCCAGUUCUUUUGACCGUCAAGCCAAACAGGACGUUUACAUUUGAAAUGAACUCUCCUCCUACGUCGUGGCUUCUUUUGAAGGCCGCUCAGGCUCCUCAGGGUGCUGGUAGACCUACCCACGAGUCUGUGGGAGAGACGCUUUCCUUGAAACACAUUUAUGAGAUUGCAAAGAUCAAGAAAACCGACGAAAGACACAAGGAUUUGUCCUUGCAGCAGAUAUGCGGAGGGAUCAUCCUGACGGCGGAGGCCAUCGGUGUCCGUGUGGAGCCAUAG